CCUCGCUGUAAUCUAUUUUAUUUUUCUCCACUUUCUACAUUUUCUUAUCCAUUUUCCAUUUAUAAUCAUUCCAUGGAGCAGAAGAAUGAUACUCCCGAUAUGCCAAUGCCAUGCAUCGCAGGCUGCGGAUUUUACGGAAACCCCAUCUACAAUAAUAUGUGUUCAAAGUGUUUCAAGGACAAGUCACAAUCGCAGAAGAAAGAUGUACCCAUACUCAACACCGCACAAUCUUCUCCCGCUGUUGCGCCUGUCAGAGAUGAACCGCAACUUCCACCUGUAGUUGAUAAUACACCGAUUGCGUCCUCCGAACAAGAAGCUUCCAAAUCAAGCAGCGAUCUUCCUAAUGAUGAUACGCCGUCCAAACCUGUACAGGAGAACAAAGGAAGGUGCUUCAAGUGUCGAAUCAAGGUUCCUCUAGCAAAGCAAACCACCAACAAAUGCAAAUGUGAUUAUAUCUUUUGUGAUGCUCACCGCUAUCCUGAUCGUCAUGACUGCAGUUUCGAUCACGCCAAGAAGGACAAAGAUAUCCUUGCGAAGAAUAAUCCAAAAUUGAAUGAAAGACCAAAGGGUGGUCGUUCAUUCCACAGAAUCGACAGCUUGUAAAAUGAGGGAUGUUCCAUAGACCUGGACCCCCCGACACCCCCACCCUUUGGAUCUUAUCCUCUAACCAUAACCCCGAACGCUUUUGAUAGAAGAAUCUCAAUGGACACCAGCAUAUGAAGUGCUUUAGAAAGCAGUUUCGAAAGCUGUGUCUACCAACCCCAUGUUUUCUACCGACUCUAUUUUUUUUCUCUUUUCAAUUCCUCAUGCGUUCUCUUCCCUCACGUAACUACAAAUCCAACUCACCCAACCCCUACCUGUUAGUAAUUCCACCGUGUGUCAGCGUUUUAGUUUUACGUACUAUCACCUGAAUGCAAAUUAAACAACGUUUCUCACAAAAUGGA